UGAAAUCGUAGGAUUUCUCAGUUAAAAAUGGAAUGAAAAUGGUGCUUGUUUAGUUUUCUGUUAUUGCUUCAGUCAUCAAAUCUGUAAUUAAUUUACUAAGUUAUAGUCUUUAUUUUGUAAUUUGACUUUAAUUCUUACUGCUUAAAAAUGUCUAGUGAAUCAAUCAAAACGUUUUCCAGCCUAGAAACUCCCGGUUAUGUCGGUUUUGCCAAUCUUCCUAAUCAAGUUCACAGAAAGUCUGUUAAAAAGGGUUUUGAAUUCACCCUGAUGGUUGUGGGUGAAAGUGGACUGGGAAAAUCUACCUUAGUAAAUGCAUUAUUUUUAACAGAUCUGUACCCUGAAAGAGUUGUACCCGAUGCAGUUGAAAAGUUGAAACAAACUGUAAAAUUAGAACCAACCACAGUAGAAAUAGAAGAAAGAGGAAUUAAGUUACGUCUUACUGUUGUUGAUACACCUGGUUAUGGAGAUGCAAUCAAUAAUACUGACUCGUUUUCUGAAAUAAUCAGUUACAUCGAUGAUCAGUUCGAAAGAUUUUUAAGGGAUGAGAGUGGUUUGAACAGGAAAAAUAUCGUUGACAAUAGAAUUCACUGUUGUUUUUAUUUUAUUUCGCCAUUUGGACAUGGAUUGAAGCCUUUAGAUGUCGAAUUUAUGAAGCAACUCCACAACAAAGUCAACAUCGUGCCUGUAAUAGCCAAAGCCGACGUUCUCACUAAAAAAGAAAUGCAAAAGCUGAAAAAGAAAGUCCUGGACGAAAUAGCAGAGAACGGAAUCAAGAUUUUCUCGUUACCCGAAUGCGACUCUGACGAAGACGAAGAAUACAAAGAACAAGUGCGCCAGUUGAAACAGGCCGUUCCUUUUGCCGUUUGCGGGGCGAACACCCUUCUGGAAGUUAAGGGCCGUAAAGUGAGAGGCAGGCUGUAUCCGUGGGGUGUGGUGGAAGUGGAGAAUCCUGACCACUGCGAUUUUAUCAAACUGCGUACGAUGUUGAUUACGCAUAUGCAGGAUUUACAGGAUAUUACACAGAGGGAACAUUACGAGAAUUAUAGGAGUGAGAGGUUGGCCAAAGGAGGACCACCACCAAAGAGAAAUACUAUAGUAGAAGAGAAGACAACAGAAAAAGACAGAAUCUUGCAAGAGAAAGAGGCGGAACUAAAACGAAUGCAGGAAAUGAUUGCACAGUUACAGGCCCAGAUGCAACAGCAGUAACAUGAUGCGAUAUCUAUCAAUUGACUGACUUAGGUUUUCAUUACAUAUCUUAUUCAAUGCCUAUUUAAUUUUUGCUCAUAUUCAUACUCCUAGGUAGUUUUAUUCUUCAGACGUGUUAUUUUUUUAAAUACUAUGACAGUUUUAAAUUAUUAAGUUUAAUUUACAAUAGACAAUUUUACUUUUCAUAGCAUCAUGUUUGACAUGUAUUAUCGCAAUUUUUUUGUAAUCUGAAGCAUUUUUUAUACUUCAAAUUGUGUUAUUUUCUUACUAUAUUAACUGAAGGUUUUCAUACGCCUUCCUAAGAAUCUUAAAGUAACUAUUUAGAUGUAUUUUUUUACAUUAUAGAGAUUUAUAUUUUUUAGUUAAGCGAUGCCAUGAUAUUUUGAAUAUUGAUACUUAUAUAUGUGCCCAAAGUAUAAAGUGAUAUGCAAUGUUUUCAAAUAAAAAGGAAUUCUUUUUG